AUGAGUGCGUCGACGUUUUCGGACGCCUCUCUAGCUCGCGAUCCUCAGAGUUCGGAAUUUGACUUGAUCAUCCGCCAGCAGCCCACUCGGGCGCGCGUGGCUGGUGGGAAGGAGAAAGAACGCAAGCCGGUCGAUCCCCCACCGAUUGUGCAAAUCCGAGUGAAAGAGGAUGGCACCUAUUUGGCCUCCUUGUACGAUGCCACAGAGGACACUCCAGUGCCUGUGCCUCCGUCCACAGCUUUGACGGGGACGCUCGUUUCGUCACUUCAUCGGUUGAAAGAUGUGGAUAACACCGGUAAGCUUGGUUUGGGAGCCUCUUCACGUUUGAUCCAGAGUGGUUGGGCUGAUUCCAUGGGUUUAGACGGGGGCUUCUUCGUAUUUGGAGAUCUGUCCGUGAAGAUUGAAGGCGACUUUCGGCUGAAAUUCACUCUCUUCGAGAUGCGAAAAGAAAUGGUGUACUAUUUGAAAUCCAUCAUCUCAGAGCGUUUCACCGUAUCGCCCCCGAAGAGUUUCCCUGGAAUGGCGGAGUCGACGUUCCUGUCACGAUCCUUUGCAGACCAGGGUGUAAAGCUUAGGAUUCGAAAAGAGCCUAGAACGUUGAUAAAACGUCAAGUCCCGCGGCCAGAAGACUACCCUCAACCACUUCCCCCCCGUUCUCCUGACCGAACAUCCAUGCAGAUGCCCGGCAGUGCCUUUGGUGGCUAUCCAGCAGCGGGUCGAGACUACGGUUACUACAGUAAUCCUGUGAAGCGUCAACGCACAUCGAUGGACUUUGGCCCCAGAGGCGUGUACGAUGCAGAUGGUCGCAUGCGUCAAGUAGAGGCUUACCCUCAGGCUGCGGCCAUGUAUUCGAAUCCACCUGGGGCGUAUCAGACUCCCAUGGUGCCCGGUUACCCCACGGGCCACGCAGGAGUACCAGAUUAUUCGCUUUCCUAUGGAAUGUCUGCGCAGGUGCCGCAAAUGCAAGAUCCGGGUGCACAUGGUCGAUCUAGUCAACAGGCGACAAUGCAGCCCUUCGGAAUGGCCAACGCCCCCGGGACACCUACAGCAGACGCGACAGGAGCGAUGAUGCAACAGAGCUAUCCACGAGGGCAGUACCAAACGGGGUCUACCAUUCUGCCUCCUCUGCAACGAAGUCGCAAUAUAACUCAGGGAAGCAAUGGUACCCCAACCAGGGGGUAUUAUGACCAGUCUUCGCAGGCGGCGACACCUAUCCUUCCUUCGCAACCCAUUGGCACGAACGAAGCGGAACGGUAUGGCUUAGCACCUGGCCAGACCGCUUAUGAACACCCCGGUUCAGCGGAUGGAACUCCUCGGUGA